AUGAAAAUAAGUGAAACUAUUUUAUUGUUGAUUAUUGCAUUAAUUAGCGCUAUUGCUGCUUUAUUAUGUGUUAUUGGUUUAGCAACACCAAAUUGGGCUUGGUCUAGUUUAACAUGGUAUGGUUUAUGGUGUACUGGAUGUAGUCAUACAUCUGGUGCUUUAGCUAUUAUUGCAUUUCUUUUACUGCUCAUUAGUGUUGUUCUUCUAAUAUUAUUAGCUAUAAAAAUAUUACCAAAUGGAAUAAAUUUUUUACCAUUUAUUAUAUUAUUUAUUGCAUCAAUAUUUAGUUUAGCUUCUUUUGCAAGUUACUACGUAAAUAGUAGUUAUUAUAGUUAUAAUUUAGUAGUUGCUGCACAUUUUUUUACCUAUACUUCUGCUGUACUAUUAGCAUUUUGGUUAGGUGGUAAAUUAAGCAUUGUUAAUUCUAAUUAA